UCGCCCCGCCGUGUCCAUCGACCUCGACCGCGGUCGCCGUGGUGGACGGUGUCGGCGCAUCGUCCCUCCCCGCGUGGCACCGCCUCCGCGUCGAGGGCAGCCGGUGGCAGCGGGACUGGAAGGUGUCCGAGGUCGCCGCGCGAGUGGUCGCUCUGCCCCGCGCCGACGCGCUCGCCAUCGAUGCCGUGUUCAACUGCUGGGCCGGCCGCUUCGCCCGCCGCAACUUCCAGCUCCUUAUCCGCGUGCAUACCAUUCGAUGAAACUUCUGAUGAUGAACAGAAGAAACUUGUUGAAGUUCUCACGAUCAACUCCCAAAGUGGACUAGGUCUUCUAUUUCCAAAGGGAGAAUGGGAGAAUGAUGAAACCGUUGAAGGGGCAGCUGCGCGGGAAGCUAUCGAAGAAGCUGGAGUUCGAGGAGAUUUAGUGGCAAUUGUUGGGCUUCUACGAUUUCAAGAGCAAGCAAGACACAUCAAGAUGAGUUCUGUCCUGAAGGUAUGUGCAGAGCUGCAGUUUUUGCACUGCACGUGAAGGAAGUGCUGGCCUCUUGUCCCGAGCAGACCAACCGCCAGAUGCGUUGGUUCACCGUUCACGAGGCGGCAGAGCGGAGUCGACAUCCAUGGGUGCAAGAAGACCUUGUAACAGGCUUCUCUGUUUCGCUUGAGAACUGUAGCAAUGGUGGUGGCUGUGUGGAUGGAAGCACAAGAUGACACCUGAAGCAUCAGUGGCCUUCUCAUUUCUUUAUCUUUUUCCUUGUACUUUGAUUGGGCCAACUUGAGAAGCUGACAUACUC